AUGGAUCCGAAGAAAGGUUGUCCUUGUUGCACCUUUCGUCUAGAGGACGAUUUAUUUUUGCCACCAUCACUGAAAUCAAACUACAAUGGCAUAUCUGUGUCAUCCAUGGAGCUUCCUAUGGACCCAAAAGAGGCAGUGGAUUUUCUAUCAAAGGCUUCGCCAAUCGACACCACCAUGAUACUCAUCGACUCACAUGGGCAUGCCCAGUUGGAACGAGAUGCGGAUGAAAACUACACGUUGGACAACAAAACGACAUCAUCACAGGGACCCCUUCAACUAAAAAGCAUUACAUGCGCUGUCGAGCCAAAAGAUUGGGCAGAUACACUACGGUAUGCCUCGAAAUCUACCUCGGUACUGCCAGCUCUGGGAGUCCAUCCGUGGUACUUGGAAAGGCUCCCCAACAAUUGGUUAGAGGAAUUGGACUUUUGGAGCACCCUUCCGCAAUUGUGGCAUGGAGUUUUUGUCAGUGUUCUGAAGGAAAUCCGUGACAGUGCAGAGGCUGGCGAAGACGUUUCCAACUUGCUCCCCCCGGCCAUCGCCAUGCACUCGUUUACAGGCACUGCGCAUCACGUGAAAGAACUGCUGGCACUAGAAAAGACGAUUGUAAAGGACAACAAAACACUGUUCUAUUUUGGAUUCUCUCACACUGUUAAUUUUGCAAUGUGCACAUCUGAGAAGUCGCGCAGAAAGGGCCGAGAUGCUGUUAGAGAAGUACCAACUGACAGAUUACUCGUCGAAUCGGAUGUCCACGCAUCGGAUGAUCUCCUUGCGGGUACUGCGGGUGCAAUAGCCUAUGUUGCAUGGGCCCGAGAACAAGAAUUGAUAGCUAUCGCUUCACUAUCAUCUCAAAAUGGUCAAUCUUUUCUUGCAAUGCAAUGA